AUUGGUAAUCUUGGACUCCAAUCACAAAAGACAGACAAAUAAUCAGGUAUGAAAAUAUGCAUAUGGAUCUUCAAAACUGCUGGCCACUCUUUCAACCUACAAAAACGGUCUCAUAUUUGCAGGAGGAUUGCAUUCUUUGCAUUUCUAGUUAUGCUGAUGCUUUUGCUGCUCAUCUUCUUUAUCUUCCCACGGUUAGCCGUAUCCGUGCACCAUAGCAAUGCAACGGACCUCGCGGCGUUGCUAUCCUUCAAGAGCCUUGUUCGCGACCCCGACGGCCUUCUCGACAGAAGCUGGAACUCUAACAACACAUCCUUCUGCACAUGGUUUGGAGUCUCCUGCAGCCCCCGGCGGCAGCGAGUCGUUGCGCUGCAACUCGAGGGGCUCUCUCUGCACGGCACGAUCUCACCUCACCUCGGUAAUCUCUCUUUCAUGAACCGUCUUGACCUCAGCAACAACUCUCUCCGAGGGCCCAUUCCUCACUCCCUUGGCCAACUUCCGCGCCUUGCAUCCCUUGCUCUUGGGCACAACCAGCUCUCGGGGCGCAUUCCUUCCGCUGUCUUCAACAUGUCUUCGCUAACAUACAUCUCCUUCAUAAAAAACAACCUCUCGGGACCUCUCCUUACUGAUACCGUCGACAAUAUAACUAUUCCGCAUGUCCAGUACUUGUCUGUCGAAUCCAAUCAGCUCAGAGGUUCGAUCCCCUCAGACUUUCUUCUACGACGUAAAGACUUGCAGUAUCUGUCUCUGUCCACCAACCAGUUCAGAGGGAGCAUACCGGAAGAGCUUACGAGAUUACAACAACUUCGUGUUUUAUAUCUCGACAGAAAUAGUCUCACCGGGUCCAUCCCAACAUCCAUCGGCAAUCUCACAUAUCUCACUAAGCUUGAUCUUAGUUCUAAUCACCUAUCUGGCGUGAUCCCGCCAGUUUUAGGCGGCCUAACGAAUCUCCAAUGGCUGACAUUAGGUAGUAAUUAUUUAACCGGCGGAAUACCAACAUCUCUACUGAAUGCUUCCAUGAUGGGUCUGAUGGAUCUUUCAGACAACAACCUAACAGGGACAGUUCCGACCGAAAUCGGAAAAAGUCUUCCACACCUCACAUUCCUCGGUUUUGGAACGAACGAACUCACCGGCGGGCUCGAAUUCAUCACCUCGUUAUCGCAUUGCAAAGGGUUGCAGCGUCUGCACAUCUCGUAUAACGAAUUGGAGGGUGCCAUACAAAUUCAAUCGGAAAUCUCAGCGGGAGCCUUUACGAAUUCGAUGCUUGUGGAAAUCGCAUCACAGGGGAGAUCCCAACAACGCUUGGUAACUUGAGUGGGCUCUUAGAAUUGUGUUUCGAC